AUGAGGCAUAAGUAUGUGUUUUCUCGGCGAAUAGCUAGAGUGAAACGUGCCACGGUCGCUGAGCACCAGCUCACGAGAUGCGCAAUGGUGCCGCUAUGGCUGGUCGCGCUAAUAAUACAAACCUCGUUGACGACUGUCUUCUGCGGGAAGGGUCUUCAUCAUCGCCGAUCUUUAAUCGGGCAUGGGAAUUUGCCAGUCUCUAAAGGUGGCUGGAGACCAGUUGUGGGGUCCGGUGGACUGCUAUACGGAUCCUUAGGCACUGCUCCACUUCAUGCACCAUCAUAUAAAAUACCAGUACUAGAUUUAUAUCCUUCAUCUGCACGACCGUUGACAACGAGAGACAUCACGAAACUAACGUCAAUCGCUCAAUCAUAUAGACCUACAACUCUUCGGACAGUACAAGCAUCAUCACACCCUCUUCAAUCAAACCAACCAAUCAAUUCAUACUUAAAUCCAUUUUCUUUACCAAACAAUGGAUUAAAUCAAUAUAAAUUCGUCCAAAACUUCCCAGUCGACAGCGUUCUUAUUCGUAACCAACACAAUCCUUAUGCCGCUCGUCCGGUCUUGCAAAAGCACCAAACGAAGCAAAAACAACAAUACCACAACAAUAUACUGCAGCAAUUGACAAACGUACAACCGAUUCAAUUCGGGCAGUAUUCUACAGCGAAACCAUUAGACUUUUUCGGAAAACCGAUCGAAGCGUACCCAAGACCGGAUGGAAAGCGGCCACAAUCAGCGGAGACUGAGAUCUUUAAGCCAGAAGUAUUUAAGCUGCCUGACACGGAUACGGCAUCUCAAUAUUUAAACCAUCAAGUGAAAACUGCUCAACAGCAGACGUACACAUUCCCAAAGUUGCCCAUCAAUCAAUAUGGACAUCCAUUCCAAGAUAAUGUAUUUCCGCCAAGCAUUUUAGGUACAUUUGGAUCCUUUGGUUUACAAUCAGUCAAAGGAAGAGAUCCUGUAUACCCAACUACCAAAACAACAUUUUUACCACCGCAGACAACUAAACAGACAAUUUUCAACUCCUUUAAUUAUUCACCAAAUCUAAAAACGACCCCAUCUCUAUUCGCUUCCACGACACCUAAAUUAACAACCACACAAAACUUCAAUUUGCUUUACGGUUCUACGUUGAACGAUCUUGGCAAUGUACCAACACCACAAACAAAAGUAGUGUCUGCAUUAAAAAUAGACCCUAACGCUGGAACAAAACAUGGAUUCAAACCCAGCCCACAGGAUCCCUUCAUAAAGAAUGUCCAAAAUUUAGACUUCAAUAAAAUUACUACGUACAAUCCUCCUAUUAUACAAACGUCGACAUUAUCAAGUAAUUUGUACAAUAAUUAUGAUUUCAAUUCCCAAAAUAUACACUUCCAAAACUACAAAAAUCAAAACACUCAAAAUAUUAAUAAUUAUGAAAAUACGAAACAACAAGUAUCUGAUAAUGUCGGUCUCACUCAACAAGUAUCACAACAGUAUGUUAACGCACCAGGUUUAUUCGAUUUAGAAAGUAGCUUGAAUGCACUAGCUCAUCGUCCUUCAUAUGCUGUAGUAGAAAAUGUAUCAGAGGACGUAAUCACAAAUGCUUCACCUGCUGCUUGGACUGUAACUCCACAGUCCUACAAAUACAACCAAAAAGAAACCGAUGAGUCAGUUACCAAACAUGAACACGUGGAUAACGUUUUUGAAAAGCCUACGACGCCUUUACCCAAUUUACCGGAAGAAUACGCUAUUGUCACUGAAGGCGACAAAAGUUAUGAAAAUGGUUACAAUUACGAUAGUCAAUUUGAAUCUCAAAGCAGACGUCCACUUGGUGACGACUUUGAACCCAUCGGAAAGAACAAAUUGAAAGACUACUACUAUAAAGUAUCAACUCCGACAUAUAAUGAACAUAAAACUUACCGACGCACUAAGAAACCGACAACUGAAACACCGAAACUUGAAUUGACAACGGCUUCGAAUGUCAAUCAAGAAGUAACGGAUGUUCCAGUCGAAACGCUUCCAACACUACCACCUAACAAACAUUUCAAGCGACCAAGCACAUCCGAUACUUUAGACAGGGAUAAAAUCAGGAAACGAAACAAAAUAAGAAGACGUCGUCCAUCACUCGCGAACCGUAAUAGAGAAGAAACUAGUCCGCGUAACGAUGUAACUUCUACGGAGAGCACCAUUACUACAGUUACAGAAGAAAUACAUACCAUUCGACCCCGAACAAGGCCAUCUAAGGCAAAACCUGAAACAGGUGUUACAACUCCGAGUGAUACAACUGAGUUAACUACAAGUGCUCUUCCGACUACCUCGCCCACAAAACCAACAAUAGUAAAAAAGAAGCUAAUUGGACAUCGCAGACCACUAACGACUGUUUCAAAUAAAAUCGAAACCACAACUCAACCAAUACAAGAUUAUAAUAGUAGAGAAUCAUCAAUAAUGAAAAUAUCGUCUCGUCCUCAAUUAUCAAAAUCACCGUUGAAUACUUACGAAUUCAAGAAUAGUGAAAUUCCAGAUUAUAGCCACAAACAAGAUGAGAAAGAUACACCAACAAGUGAUGUUUCAGUGAGCCUCUCUGAUACGCUUAAAACAAACGAUGCCUUAAAAGAAUUCUCAUUCCAUAGGGAUGUUCCACCUGUAGAAAAUAAAGACCUGACAACUGAGUCUGCCAAAGACAAAAAUGAGCAUGAAGCAACUACAUUCGCAUCUCGUACAGAAGCCAAUACGAGACAAACAAAAAUACAAAGACCGAGGCUCAAGAGUAAACAGGAUAGACCAAAAUUCAGUGUCAAAGAUUAUAGAAAUCGAUUGAAUUCUACAACGAGUACAACUGAAAAAAUUGUCGAAAACACACCUAAAAGUAGAUAUCCACAAAGGAAAAAUCCCUACAGCGAAAUUUUCACAGACGUCGAAACAACAACAGAAAGGAAGAAAUUCACACCAAAAGAACCGAGACAUAAAUUUAACAGAACAGAAAUUAAUGAGCAGGAAAUUCAUUCCAGGCAAACGGUAAGACAAAAACAGAAUUCGGAGGGUAUCGAAGGAAGUACACAGAAGAUUUCAUCCCGUAUACGUACUGGGCAGCGAAGACCGAGACCUACUGAAGAACCUUCUGAAACAUCAAGUCAAGCCACAGUCCACAACAGACGACCCCUAAGAAAGAGGAUUCAAGACUCAGACAUCGGAGAAUCUGUUCAAGAUCUAGCUGUCACCGAAACGACUGUAAACGAACAUAGGAAUGACAUUACGUCAGAAAGAACACGGUCUGAGAGCGCUAUAAUGAAAAUAGCAGAUAAGAAACAUCAAGAUCACAUUGAACGCCUCUUCGAACAUUCGAAGCGAGUGUCAGACUUAACCCUCGCGGCCAGUAAAGAUUACAACACCCCGGGUAUGUUUAAAACUAUAGCUUCAAAUAGCCGAAGAAUACCGAGUUACUUUACAAUAGCUACUGACGACCCCAUACUACCAAUAGAGGCUUUCUUCCCUCAGCUAAAUCAAAAGAAGGAAUCGUGA